AAAUAAUUUCUUGUAGAGCUCUUUUUUUUUUCCCGUCAAAGAUUGAUUUUAUAGAUAUUCAACAACAACUGAUACAACACCAACAAAGACCAACGAACACAUGAUUAAUUCGUGGUUAGCUAAGCCGACGGAUAAAGAAAUAUCCUCGGAAACGAGAUCCCACGCAGGGGAAGCAAAUGCCCAAACGAACCCAACAUUAAAGGGCGAGUACAAACUACAAACUUAAGCUAAGCAACUAGGUUUCAAGCUAGCGGUAAUACUCUCCGCCGAACAGGUAUGGCAGGCAUCAAGAGAACCUAUGAGACUGUUUAGCGGGAUUGCCCUCGGCCAAACCACCGCAAAACCACUUUCUCCUAGAAACAACGAGGACACUCCUCAAGAACCAAGCAACACGAACUCCAUAGACCGGCAAGCGAGAACCUCCUUCGAUUCAAUCACCAAACCCCCGGAAACGGCUUAGUCGAACGCGACUGUUGAACGCCUAGGUAUGAAGCCACACAACAAAUCUCCACGAGAUCUGAACAAACAACUAGGAGCCAAACCCACCAAUCCAUAAACAACACGCACAGGCCACAAACGGCAGAAGGAUGGAUUAGACGGGAUCCAUAGCAAACUCUAACAACACAACUGAAACCUGUAAAUGUGAAGACGUAACCGAAAGCAAGAGGGAUAUGCAAAAUCAACAAAACUACACAGAUCUAGACAGAGAUUCUUAGACAACAGGUUUUGUAGCUAGACCACACCGUUAAUCAUAAGAUCCGGAGCUUUUAUCUAAGAAAUCUACACAGAUCUGAGAGUAUAUGUCGAUUUGGAAGAAGCACAUCACUCACAAAACGAACCCUAAGUCGCACACCGAACUACCACAGAAAGAACUUGAAAGAAAAUGAAGGUUUGGGACCGGCGCCGGUGCUAAACAAGCCACCACGCGCCGGUCGACCGAGUUGACUCAGAAGGAGAAGCGACGGGAAGGGGGAGACGAUAAAAAGGAGAGAGAAAGGUGAAUUUCUUGUAGAGCUCUCGAAUAAUAAAUAAUACGAACUCUUUUCUAUUUGAUGAUAAUAUAUAAAAUAUAUUAUUUUACAAAAAGUUAACCAAUUCCUGAAUAACCAUCACUUCGGUUCAAAAAUCUUAAUUUGAAGAUUUUCAGCUUGGUUUAAUCGGGUUUACUCCAAACUCAUCACUUCAUAUAGAAAAACCUCCUAUUUUUUUUAUAACAUUUGGACAAAAUUUCAACAUUCACUCAUUAGCUCAGCCAGUAGAACACGGACCUUACACUUUUUCCUAAUUGACAUAUAUCAUGGAGUCAUGGUAAGCAUGUGUUCAUAUUUAUGAAAAUAAGAUCAAAGCCAAUUCAAUUAUUAAAAUUCGACAUAUAAUUUUUCAAAAUACUGGUGCCGUUUUUUUUUCCUUGCUCGUUGACGCAGCAAACAUGGUGAUGAUCUCGGACCUCUAGAAGCCAACAAAUUAUACGAAAGAAGACUUCUAAUUUCGACCAUAAUUAUUUAUAUAGGACAUUAACGUCACGUGUUAUGCAUUAUACACCAAUCUGGUCAACGUUAUUACGGAGUGGAGAAAGAAAAAAACAAAGCCGCGUCUGUUGUCAAUAUAUAAAGUAUAGCACCUAGAAACACUUUCUUCUCAUAAACCUUUUUGGACAAAUACAACAAAACAUAUCUCUCGAUUUGUGUUUAAAAUCUUGUCUUUAUCAGGAAAUAUUUUAUUUUUACUACAUCGGUCUUUCUCAAUUCGGACAUGGAUGAAGACUUCUUCUUAACCGACUUCUCACUCGAAGACAUUGAUUUCGACUUUAAUAUUUAUGAAGAAACUAAUGUAUCGCCUGUGGAAGCGAGCAUACAUACAGAAAGAGCUCAGUUUAUUGAGCAUCAAGUUCCUCUUAAUUACCUCAAUGAGAAGCCGAAGCCUGUGGUGAAGAUCAAUAACAAGCCACGACUGAUUUCUUUUGAUUUUUCGAGUAAUGUUUCUUCUUCUCCAGCUAGGGAAGAUAUCAUUACGGAUCAAUUGGUCACACGUGGAACCAAAAGAAAAUCAUGUUCUCCUGCCAAAAGAUCUCCAGUUUUCGCCAAAGAACAUGUUAUAGCCGAGAGAAAGCGUCGUGAGAAGCUUUCCGAAAAAUUCAUUGCCCUCUCAGCACUUCUUCCUGGUCUUAAGAAGGCGGACAAGAUUACGGUUCUUGACGACGCAAUUUCACGUUUGAAACAACUCCAAGAACAAAUAAGAAAGCUCAAGGAAGAGAAAGAAGCAACAAGACAUAUGGAAUCCAUGAUUCUUGUGAAGAAAUCUAAAGUGUUUUUGGACGAAGGAACUUUCCUAUCAUCUUCUUCUUCUUCUUCAGAUCAUGAACAGUUUGAUCAACCGUUGCCAGAAAUAGAGGCUAAAGUAGCCCAAAACGAAGUUCUAAUCCGAAUCCACUGCGAGAAGAGCAAAGGGAGCAUGAUUGACAUACUAAACACGAUCGAGAAUUUUCAACUGCGUGUCGAAAAUAGUAUUGUAUUGCCAUUCGGGGAAUCGAUUCUUGACAUCACCAUCCUUGCACAGAUGAGGAAAGACUUUUUAGUAAGCGCACUUGAGGAUUUUGUAAGGAACCUGAGACUCGCAAUGGUUUAAGCCUUGUUUGAAGUUUCAGUAUCUGUAGAGACUGAAACGACACCAUUUUAUUGGAUUUGCUGUCGUUUUCAGUAUAGUAUUUUUUUCACACAUGCACUACUACCACGUGUGUUCGUUGCAGGACCAGCUUAAUGGUGUCAUAGAUCUUGGGACAAAUUUUUAAUUUUUAAAUUAUUACUUUUCUAUAAAAAAUUUGAUAGAUAUAUGUUUUUUUUAAAAUACCAAGAAGUAUUUUUAAAAAUAAAUCUAUGAAAAUAAAAAAAAAUACUUUUAUAUAAAAAAAAUUUGGACUCAUUUUCUUAUUUUUAUUUUUUAAAAAAUUCAAACCCUUAUUUAUUAAGAAAUAGGGGACAACGGUCGCACCGCUCGCCCCCUAUCUAAGCUGGCCCUGGUUCGGUGCUUGAUGUAUUUCGUAGCGAAGUUCUUGUCUCAAUCAGUGGUUGAGACUAAAGGGGAUACAUUCGACAACGACGGUCGAUCAUUAAUGUAAAAUGAUAUCUUGUUGAAUAUUAAUUAUCCCAUUUGUUAAUCAAAAGAGGCAGUAAAAGUGAAGCAAAAAAUAUCUAGGCCAUCUAUUAAUUUAUCGGAAGAUCAAAGAUUACAAGGAAAAAACCAACGAAAUCAGAAAAUGAAUUUCGCAAGAACAAAGUAAAUCUAUGUAAACUCUAAUUCGGUGUGUUUGUAAAUGUUUUUAUUUUCUUUCUUUCCAUUCUUUUUUAUACUUUCCAACUUUCUUUUUCUUUUUCUUUAGCCGAUGUGGUUUUCUUUGCCUACAUUUUCUCAAUUGGGCUCGGCGUUAUGCAUCCUUCAAAGUAUGUGUUUUUUUUCCGAGUUGUCAUCUCGGCUUGCCAGGGUUACGAUUUCGGUUAAACCAGAAAUUUGAUUUAGUAUGAACCGAUGCUUGGGUUAAAUGUCAAACCCUAUUUCCAGUUUCCUCCUUGAAAUGCAAAAUGUUGAGGUUUCUUUGUGCAUGUUAUGUUCAAUGCGAUUAGGAUUGCUUAGACUUAUCAAGUUUGGUGUAUGAGUGUCUCUCAACUGCAUCCACCGUAAGGUCUAAAUCUGAGCGUUUAGGAGAAUAGAGAUUUGGUAUUAAACGUCUACUUGAAGUUUGGCUGAACCUAAAUCCACAAUCUCAACCUAGUAGACAUAACUCUUACUUUUUCUCUCUUCAAGCAAAAACCCUAACCUCCAUUCUCUCUCUUCUCUCUCUGUGCUUACCUUCCACUUGUCUGCAAACCCUCAAAUAGUGAAGCUCUUCCAGUUCAAAGAUUCUUUCUUUUGCCAACUAUCAGGUAUCCUCAAACUUCAUUGUUUCUGAUUUCAACCUAAACCUUAGAUGUUCCUUUAACAAACUAACCCUUUUUCUUUUCCUUGUUGACCGUGAAGAGACUCAUCAUCCCAAAGACACUUAAACCUCUGCAUGUUUCCAAUAUAUUCAGAUGAUCUUAGAUCUGACUCAAAGGUCUCAACUUUCCUCAGUCCCUCCACCUACUGAACACUAAGAAGGUAACUAGAUGAACCAUUAUCUUUGUUUUACUCUAAAUCUAUCUUCAGACGUAAAGAACUUGUUAAACUAUUGACUCUUGUUUCUCUUACUAUUUCAGAAGCCGAUGCAACUCCACAUGAAACCAAACAUCAUGAGUCUUACACCUUACAUCAAUAUUGGGUAAUAACUUAACCUCUUCUCUUGUUGAUUAUUUCUUUUUCGAUUUGGAUCAAUAGCAUAACGAUCUGAUCUUUCUUCCUUUUAUUUUGCAAGGUAACUAUUAUCAACGAGGUUGUUACCCUUAGCCCAUCCUCCUUAUAGCACACAUUCACCAGAUCUGAGCAUAGCUGGAACUCAUACCCAUGUAAAAAAGCCUUUGUUAGGAAAUUUGCAGGAUUUUUGCUAACAUGAAUCUUGUGUUGAGUUAUAUCGCCUUGAGAUACAAUAUGAAUAUAAUCAUACUUUGUAGCAACAUGUUUAGUAACUUUGUGAAACACAUCGUUUUUUGCAAGGUGCAAAACACUCAAUGAAUCGCGAUGUAGUUUAGCAAUUCUGGUUUGAGUACCCAAUACUUCACAAUUAACUUUUAACCAAAUACCUUAUUUGGUUGCUGAGGAGAGUGUCGUCUACUCUGCCGCAGUGGCCAAUAGUGCUACUAAUGACUGUAAAUGUGAUAUCUAUGACACUGUAUUACCUCACACCUUGAAAACAUAUCCUGUAAUUGCUCUUCUUUUGUCUAAAUUAGUAACAUAAUUAGAAUCACAAAACCCUUCAAUAACAUAACUUGAACCUUUAACAAAUGUUAGACUUGAUUUAGACUCCCCUCUUAAAUAUUAUUGAAUUCACUUCACAGUUAAAAACUAUCAUGUAUUUCCCCAAACCUUGAAAAGAUAUCUUGUAAUUGACCUUCUUGUAAUUGAACUUCAAUAACAAAAUUUGAACCUUUAACAAAAGUAAAACUAGCUUUAGGUUUUCCUAUCAGAUAUCUUAGAAUCCACUUAACAUCUUACCAAUGAUCCAUUCUCGGUUUUGACAUGAAUAUGCUAACAAUCUCUACUGCAUAUGCUAAGUUGGGUCUAGAGCCAAUCAUGGCAUAUAUUAGACUACCUACAACCCUAGCAUAUGGUAUUGAUUCCAUUUGUUUAACCACUUCUAAAGUUGAUGCCAUAGUUAACUUUUCAAUUUGAAAUGAGAAGUGGAGUAUUUACAUGUUUAUCGUCUUCCAUGCCAAAGUUUUUAAGAAAAUUUGCAAUUUAACUUUCAUGUGAUAACCCCAGAAUGUCAUUCUUUCUGUCACAUUUAAUAUUCACUCUUAAAAUCCUUGAAUAUUCAUUUCAAAUUUCAUGUUCAAGCUUUCUUUCGCUUUUUGUAUUCUCUACCAAAUUUCUUGAUAUAACAUAAGGUAGAUGGCUUGACUUAUAUUCAAAUUCCUCAUGUAAACACAUGAAUCAAAGUUGCUUUUCAAAAAAAAUUCCCUUUUCACAAAACUAUCAUAUUUAAAUUUCAUUGUCUAGGAAACUGUUUCAAACCAUAUUUAGAUUAUUAAAAAAGACACACUAUAUUCUUAUCUCUGAUUUAACAAAACCUUAAGGCUGAUAUACCGCUAUGUAUGGCCGCCACAUGCUCCAUCGACUCCAAAUUCUCCAUUCAUCACAUUUUGCUUGUUUUCCUUCUCCAAAUGGCUUUAUUCACCUAAGUACUUGCUCCAAAGGUUUUACAAAGCAAAUUCGUAUGCCGAGACUCUAAAUUCACAUUCGCUUAAAUGUAAGCUAACUAGAUGGAAAAUGUGGGAAAUGGAAAGUUAAAACCAACAAAAACUCAAUUACAUCAGUGACUCAUCAAAUCUAAAACUUUCAACUAAUUUAUCAUUGAUUCAGCCAAAUUAAAUUUAUUUAUCAUAUUUGAUCUAACUUCUCAAAAGAAAUGUUUUAAAAUUAUGUAUUAUGAUUUUUAAAAUUAGUAAUUUUGUUUAAAAAAGAAUCAAA